AUGGAUGCAACUGAACAGAUGCAAAUAUUUGUGAAUGGCCUUAAAAUGAAAACUAAGCAACUCAUAGACACGACUGUCGGUGGCUCAACAAAUUUUACAACAGCCACUAGAAUAAAGAAAAUCAUCGGAGCCAUUGCACCAAAUGAGCAUCUGGAGCUAUAUGACCGCAGUGUAAGUCAACCUAAAGGUAUCAUUGAUCUCAAGCUAGCAAAUCAAGUUGUGAAGAUGGAAGAUCAAAUAACAGCUGAAGUAGAGAGAAAACUCAAGAAAAUGGAUCUUAACACUCAAACGGUGGAACAAGUUCAACCAAUUCAAGCGGUACCAAGAGAAGCGGAUUGGGAAAUUGCCAUUGAAAAAAUGGCGGCUCAAAGUUCCCAAUUUCAAGAGGAGACUAGAAGCAAUCUAAGAAACACGGGUUCUUCAAUAAAAAAUAUGGAAAUGCAAAUGAGUCAGAUUUCUCAACAACUCGCGGGUUCUCAAGCAUCGAGUGCAUUACCGAGUGCUACAGUUACAAAUCCAAGAGAGCAUAAUAAUGUGAGUGCUGUGGUGGUGCCUAAACUGGUGGUUAAAGAAAAAGUUAGUGAACCAAAGUCUGUUGUCAAACUCCCUUUCCCCACAAGAAAUAAGAAGAAAGCGCAACAUGAGAAGAACUUCGACAAAUUCUUAGAGAUGUUCAAAAAGCUUGAGAUUAACAUUCCGUUCUUGGAGGCACUUGAACAAAUGCCCUCUUAUGCCAAAUUUAUGAAGGAUAUUAUUUCAAAGAAGAGGAGCAUCGAUACUGACCCGAUUGUACUAACCGAAACUUGUAGUGCAAUUUUGCAGGGUAUGAAGAUUCCGGUGAAGAAGAAAGAUCGAGGCUCGGUAACUAUCCCUUGCAUUAUUGGGGAUAGAUCUUUCAAAAAGGCCCUUAUAGACAUGGGGGCAAGUGUGAGUCUCAUGCCGUUAUCCAUUUACAAGAGGUUGGGGAUCGGAAAAGUGCAAGAUACCAAAAUGACACUUCAAUUUGCUGACCACUCUGUGAAAAGACCCUAUGGAGUAGUGGAAGAUGUUCUUGUGAAGAUUGCUAAGUUUGUAUUUUCUGUGGACUUUGUCAUCUUGGAAAUGCCGAAAGAUGAAAAGAUACCGCUCAUUCUUGGUAGACCCUUUUUGGAGACAGGAAGAUGUUUGAUAGAUAUAGAAGAAGGCACCAUGACUCUAAAAGUUUACGAUGAAGAGUUAAAAAUUGAUGUGUGA